AUGUUUUUAAAUGAAUUAGUUAAUAAUAAUUAUAAUAAUAAUAAUAAUAAUAAUAAUAAUAGUAAUAUAGAUAAUAAUAAUUAUAAUAAUAAUGCUACACCCACCCAUGAUGAAAACUUAGAUUCUGAAGAAGAUGAAGAACAAGAUGAAGAUUUCGCAGAUAAUAAAAAAAUUCAAGCUAUUGAAAAUGAAAGUAAUAUUAAUUCAAUUAUUACAACUUCUAUACAAGAAAGAAAUAGCAAUAGGAAUACUAUAUUCAUCUCUGAAUUUGAUUUUAAUAAAUCAUUAGAAUUUGUAUUAAAUUAUAUAAAUAAUAAUAAUAAUAAUAAUAAUAGUAAAUCAGAAAAUCAUUUAGAAAAGAGAAUAAAAAUAACAAAUAAUGAUGGUACAGUUAGAUUGACAUCAAAUGAAUUUCAAAAUAAUAAUUAUGAAAAUAUAUUUUAUACAUCAUUUCAAAAUAUCAAUAGUUUUUUAAUAAAUAAUAGAUUAAAUUGUAAGCAGAUUAGUAUUUUAUUCACAAUUAUAUUAAGUCCAAAAAUUGAAAAGAUUAGAUGUUAUUCAGUACUCAAACAUAUGAAACCAAGAGAAACUAUAUUGGAUCAAGACUUAAAGAAAAUUAUAUCAUCUUUAAAUAUUGUUAAUAAUAAAUCAAAAACAUAUCCAAUUAAAAUAGGUAGAUGGUUAGUGGAGAAUAUUGGUUUUUUAAAUCAAGAUAUUUUACAUUCACAUUAUCAAUUAUUUUUUAAUUAUUUAAAGGAUUUACAAUUAGGACGUGUAUUUGUAGAUAUUCUAAUAAACAUUACAAAGAAAUCGGACGUAAAAUUAUUUAGAAGCAAAUGGUUAAUGUCAGUAUCUAACAUUUCAAAAUUCAACUAUAUCCUACCACUUUUAAAAGUUUAUCAAAUUUUUGAUCCUAUAAAUAUUAUUUUAAAUCAAAAAAGACAAACAUCAACAGCACAUCCUAAACAAUCAAAUGGUUUUGAAAAUAAUAGUUUCAACAACAACAGCAACAACAAUAUAAAUAAUAAUAAAAUAAACUAUAAUAAUGUUAAGAAUAAUAUUAACGAAUUCUCUGUAAAUAUCGAAAAUAUAAUUCUUCCAAAUAAAAUUGGUGAUGUUUUAGAGAAUGAAUAUUCGGCCCAUUUAUUAAGUUUAUCAAGUUGCUAUGAUCCAUCAAUCAUUAGGUUUAAAAAUUGGAUAUCAGAUAUUUUGCAAGAUUUGACAUUCUCAAAAAGUUCAAAAGAUAUUAAAUCAAAGAUUGAAACCGAAAAGCCAUUAUAUAAUCUUGUAAAGUUUUUAGAAUUUUUUCAAGAGACCAUUGAAGACGUAGAUUUAUAUUUAGUUAAUUUUCUUAGGAUUUGGGACGGAGAUUUACACAGAGAGCCAAUAUUUAAACUUCUAUCGCGUAUAAACAUUUAUUCUUUUGAAUAUUUAUACUCCAACUAUCUAAAGCCAUUACACAAAUUAUUUUCAGUUAUGGACUUUGAUUUUAAGGUUCAGGUUUUUAGGUGUUAUACAAAUUUGCUAAAAUACUGGUUAGCAAAUGACUGGUUAAAUCUUUGGAAUCGAAAUCAUUUUAAAAAACCAUUGUUUACAAAGAUUAAUAAUAAUGUCGAAUAUUAUUCCACUAUUAUUGAGUUUUCAAAAUACUUUGAUCAGUUUUCAAUUAUAGCCCUAAUUCAAACUAACGAUCAUCCAAUAAUCCAACAUUAUAUUUUAGAUUUUUAUUCAUUAUCAAGUUUAAUUGUUAAAAAGUUUAAUUUAGGAUUCACAAUUACACCUUCAAUUCAUUUAUUUAGAAAACUUUAUUUAUCAAAUCAUUCCAUUACAAUCUCUAGAUUAGGUACCAUUCUAACAAACUACUCAAUAGAGUUCAGCCAUUUAAAGGUUAAUAUUCAAAAUUCUGAAAAGUUAAAAAUUAAAGAGUUAAAAUUUACAAAUAUACCAAAUUUUAAUAAUAAUAUCCAAAAUAUAAAUAAUUGUUUUUUAGAAUUGGUUAAAAAUUUAUUUAAUCAACAAACUCAACAAAUUAAUUAUAAUAAUAAUAAUAAUAAUAAUAACAAUAAUAAUAACAAUAAUGAUAAUAAUGGGAAAAAUCAACAACAAUCACCAGAUAACAAAAUUAAUUUAUCACUUUCAAUCUAUAGUUCUUUUGUUUUUUUCAAUUAUUUCCAUAUUUACAAUAAUAGAAAUAGCAAAAAAGAUAAUUAUUUUAAAUUUUUAGAUGACAUUGGUCAUAAAGGUCUAUAUAAUUUUUUAAUAAAAAUAAAAAACAAUUCUUAAUUAAG